UGUAAAUCUAAAUUAAGCGUGUUAUUCGUACAAAACUUUUUGGCUUCACGAGAAAUUAUUAAAUUUAACAAUAUGUAUAACCAAAUAAGACAGGUUGUGAUCGUAGUUGCAGAGUUCGGAAUAACGCACACUGUAAUCCGGACACAAGAAUGUUUUUCUGCAGGGAUGAUGGUAUAUGUUGUGAAAAGAACAUCAAAUGCGUUUAGACUUUUACGACUUUCGUAUCAUGUUUGUAACUCGAAAAUCAACUGCCUUUCGUAG